AUGUCGAAGACACAAAGAACACCUCCAAAAGGUGGCGUCCAGCAUGUGGCUUCCGAAGGUGAUAUUUGCAGCCUCGACCCUGAAAAUAUAUUUAGUUACAAAAGUAAGAGAUCAAAGAGACUAAGGACUGAUAACCAAAACAAAAAUGAUGAAGAUUCCCUUAAAGAUGAGCUAUUCACCAUGCUGUCAAAUUGGAAGAAGGAUCAGGAUGAUACUUUAAAAAAACUGUGCUCGGAUAUAACAGAAUUAAAACUGCAAAAUUCUAAGAUUCAGUCUGCAAGUAUGGAAAUGGAAAAAUCUAUGCACUUUAUGUCUAGACAAUAUGAUGAGAUAAAAGAUAAACUCUUCAGUAUGGAACGUGAAAGAAAGGAAAAUAUGCAGUAUAUAUCGAUUUUAGAAAAUAAGAUUCAUGAUAUGGAAAAGAAACUUAAGUCCACAGUUAUUGAGGUUAGAAAUAUUCCUUUGAACUCGUCACAGAUAAGGCAGGAGACACAACAAGAACUGUGUGAAUUAUUUCAAAAAACGUGCGAUGCAGUUAAAGUACCAAUUCAACAAUCUGAGAUAAAGGAUAUCUAUAGGGUUAAUAAUAAAUAUGGCACUGUUCUCAUAACGGACCUGAAUAGUGUCAUCACCAAAAAUAAAGUCUUGAACGCAGUAAGAGAACACAAUAAGAAUAACUCAAAUAAUAAACUUUCAACAACGCUAAUUGGAUUACCAGGCCCAAAGACUCCAAUCUAUAUAAAUGAGAGUUUGACUAAAAAGGACCAUCGACUCUUCGCUCUAGCCCGUGAUACUGCCAAAUCACUGCAAUACAAGUACUGUUGGACUAAUAUGGGAAGAAUCUACAUGCGUAAGGGUGAUGGCUUCCCGCGUACUGAAGUGAAAAAUGAAGAAGAUUUGGAGGUACUGAAGAAAGCAUGA